GUGCCAAGCUCCGCGUGUCGCAGAAGAAGCAGGAGCCGCAGGUCAGCCCUGAGCUCGAGCCCAAGUCCUCGCACAUGUUCUUCCGGAACGACUACCCGCACGACCUCAAGCCGCCCGUCAACUCCGACUUCAACUUCAACCACCCCUACCCGCUCGUGCAGGACACGGACCAGUACGACAAGGAUUACAUCAAGGAUGAAAACGCCGACAACGGGGAGUGGCAGGCACAGAUGGAGUACGACAUCUUGAGGAACAAGGUGUUCAAGGCGCAGGCGGACGCAGACCGGGCGAAGAAGUUCCUGGACAAGCAGCUCGCCGCCAAGACGGCGGCCGAGAGGAAGGUGGCGGAGGCCGAGUCGAAGGCGAAGGCGGCCAAGGACAAGGCCGAUAUGGCCGAAAAGGCGAAGACUGAUGCCGACAACGCGGUCAAGGAGAUCGACGAGGCCGGCAAGAAGGCCGACGCGGACUCCAGCGGGAACGAGGCGCCCUCCGCCCGGCCGGGGCUCGCCAAGGCCUCUGGAGACGUCUAG